CACACGGGGUUUUGCAGCAGUGGUGGCCGCUGCCACUGAUUCGGGCACUGGGGAAGCAAUUGAUUCGUCUACUGCCAGCAACCUGGAGUUGCCUACGGGGACGCGGACAGACGACAGAGAGAAAGAGAAAGAAAGAGAGAGGAAGGGGGUGGGGGGAGAGGACUCAGAGCAAAAACCUUCUUCAUCCAUGUGGAGGGCGGUCUGAGGGAGCCACUGUCUUUGCCUUGUCCACAGACUGGUCUGAGUUUUCUCUUCUUCUGGCAGUGGCACCUCCACUGAGCUUUCAAACCAAGUCAUUGGGAGUUAGUGUCUUCCCACCCCGGAAGGGAAGGGAGGAGUUGGCAAGAAUUUGGCUCACCCAUUCCGUCUGCAGUCCUCUGGUGUGGAGGAGCACCGAACUUCUGCCAUGACGGACACCGUAUUCAGCAACAGCUCUAGCCGUUGGAUGUGUCCCAGUGACCGACCUCUUCAAUCAAAUGAUAAAGAACCGCUCCAGGCUGGCUGGUCCAUUCAUCCUGGUGGUCAGCCCGACAGACAGAGGAAGCAGGAGGAGCUGACAGAUGAGGAGAAGGAAAUCAUCAACAGAGUGAUUGCUCGAGCUGAGAAGAUGGAAGAGAUGGAACAGGAGCGAAUCGGGCGCCUGGUGGACCGUCUGGAGAACAUGAGGAAGAACGUGGCCGGGGACGGGGUGAACCGCUGCAUCCUGUGUGGAGAACAGCUGGGGAUGCUGGGCUCCACCUGUGUGGUGUGUGAGGACUGUAAGAAGAAUGUCUGCACCAAGUGUGGGGUGGAAACCUCCAGUAACCGCCCGCAUCCCGUGUGGCUCUGCAAAAUCUGCAUCGAGCAGAGAGAGGUGUGGAAGCGUUCUGGAGCGUGGUUCUUCAAGGGCUUCCCCAAACAGGUCCUCCCACAGCCUAUGCCUAUAAGGAAGACCAAGCCCCAGCAGCCUGUCAGUGAGCCUGCUGCCUCUGAGCAGGUCGCGCCCGAGCCCAAGCAUGCUGCCCGGGCUCCAACCCGAGGUGACACUGAAGACAGGAGGGGCCCAGGUCAGAAGACAGGUCCUGAACCGGCCUCUGCUCCUGGGCGAGGAAGCUAUGGGCCUCCCGUGCGCAGGGCCUCUGAGGCACGCAUGAGCUCAUCCAGCCGGGACUCAGAGAGCUGGGACCACGGCCAUGGUGGGGCUGCCGGUGACUCCACCCGGAGCCCAGCAGGUUUGCGACGGGCCAACUCCGUGCAGGCCUCCAGACCCGCUCCCGCCUCCGUGCAGAGCCCAGCGCCGCCUCAGCCUGGGCAGCCAGGGCCUCCAGGAGGCAGCAAACCCAGCCCUGGGCCAGCAGGACGCUUUCCAGAUCAGAGACCAGAGGUGGCUCCUGGCGACUCUGGCUACGCUGGGGCCAUGGCCCCACCGCGGGAGGAGAGAACAGGGGGAGUUGGAGGCUACUCAGUAGCUGGAGCCAGGGAGGACCGAGCGGGCCCCCCUCCGGGCCCAUAUUCCCAAGCGUCUGCUGCUGCCCCCCAGCCUGCCGCGGCCCCUGCGCGCCAGCCCCCACCCCCGGAGGAGGAGGAAGAAGAAGCCAACAGCUAUGAUUCGGAUGAAGCAACCACCCUGGGUGCCCUGGAGUUCAGCCUUCUCUACGACCAGGACAAUAGCUCCUUGCACUGCACCAUCAUAAAAGCCAAGGGACUGAAGCCCAUGGAUUCCAACGGCUUGGCUGAUCCCUACGUUAAGCUGCAUCUCCUGCCGGGAGCCAGCAAGUCCAACAAGCUUCGUACAAAAACUCUGCGGAACACCCGGAACCCCAUCUGGAAUGAGACCCUUGUCUAUCAUGGCAUCACAGACGAGGACAUGCAGAGGAAGACCCUCAGGAUCUCUGUCUGUGAUGAGGACAAAUUUGGCCAUAACGAGUUUAUCGGUGAGACCAGAUUUUCACUCAAGAAACUGAAGCCCAACCAGAAAAAGAACUUCAAUAUCUGUCUGGAGCGGGUGAUCCCGAUGAAGCGUGCCGGGACCACUGGGUCAGCCCGAGGCAUGGCCCUUUAUGAGGAGGAGCAGGUGGAACGUAUUGGCGACACAGAGGAACGUGGCAAGAUCUUGGUGUCCCUCAUGUACAGCACACAGCAGGGGGGCCUCAUUGUGGGCAUCAUACGCUGCGUGCACCUGGCCGCCAUGGACGCCAAUGGCUACUCAGAUCCAUUCGUCAAGCUCUGGCUGAAACCAGACAUGGGAAAGAAAGCCAAACACAAGACUCAAAUAAAGAAGAAAACCUUGAAUCCUGAGUUUAAUGAGGAGUUUUUCUAUGACAUCAAACAUGGUGACCUGGCGAAGAAGUCCCUGGACAUCUCGGUCUGGGACUAUGACAUCGGCAAGUCCAACGAUUAUAUCGGAGGCUGCCAGCUGGGGAUCUCGGCCAAAGGAGAACGCUUAAAACACUGGUACGAGUGUCUGAAAAACAAGGACAAGAAGAUUGAGCGCUGGCACCAGCUACAGAACGAGAACCACGUGUCAAGCGAUUAGGGUGGGCCCCCAGGUCCCGGCUCCAUGCCCUACCCCAUGCCAGGUCACCCGCCAGCCUGACCCAGCUGCCCUUCGCACUCUGGUCUCUCUUCUCUCUGCCUCCCCCACCCUCUCCCUCCUUGCACCUGCCUUUGAGGUGCCCCCCUGACCUUGGGCACUGCUGCCAAAGACCUUUCUCCUCCAUCUGUGAUGCUGUGGUGCAGGCCCUGACUGCAGCCCCUCUCUGGUCCCUCUAGGAUGGAGCGGGAGGGAGAGGGAUGCAGAGAUUUUUACAAGGAGGCUAGAAUUUAACAAGCUUUCUGGGAAAACUGCAAAGGUUCUUCAUCAUUUAGGACUGUUUUUAGACCCUCCUGGCCUUGAACACACACACCCACCCCCCCACACACACCCCCCACACACACCCACAAACACACACACACACACACACACACACACACACACCCCUUGUGUUUCCAGUGUCGUGUCUGUGUAUGCCUUCAGCUGUCAGCUGACCGGAGCAAGUCUGUGAGGACCAGCACUGGGGCAGAAAUAGAGCAUCCAGGCCCUCACUGCCCCUCCACACCAUACCCCCUGGUUGCCAGGAAAACAGACCACCAUGUUUAAACUCCCUGGUGACUAGGAAGGCACCCUCCUGGCCCCAAAUGCGUCCAGAAAUAGACACGCGGAACACAUAAAGGGGCUUGGCAGCCCCCUCUUUCAGGAUGCCAUCUGUUUGCUUCCUAGCAAAACCCAACACCCUUUCUCUAGCACUCCCCAUCCCCCAUCCUUCCCUCUCCCCCUCCCUAACCUUACACCCCAUCAAACUCUUUCUCAGCUCCUCACACUCCUCUGUUCCUGUCCAUCUCUCUCUCCUUUCCGUCUUUCUAAGAAGGUAAAUUAGCAACAGCAAAAAAAUACCUUAAGCCAGCCUCACCCGUUCCCCAGCUCGGCCAGCAAACUCAAACUGGCCCCUCCCCAGUUCCAGUUAGGCCCACGCUUCUCAGCACCGCCCAUGCCUCCUGGUGGCAGAGCCCGGGGUCCCUGGCUGGGCCAGCUACUGGCGCUGCCCCCGGUGCAUGGUGGCCUCCCGUCAGCUGCAUAGACGCCCCUAGAGGGCUUCCUCGGCCCCUGGGCUGCCCAUAUAGGUGCAAAAGGCAUUUAGAAACCAGAGCUCCGGGUCUGGGGCGGGAGGGCUCUCCAAGCCCCCAGCCUUCCCCCUCCGUCUGCUCUUAAGUAAACACACUGCUCCAUCCCUGGCACUCUUCGACUCUCUGCUUCUCUGAUCUCUGGAGUCCUGUCUCUCACUCAGAACCACCUUGAAUCUCUCUGUCCGUGGCUCUGUCUAUCUCUUGCACCCUCUUCACCAAGUUUGUCGGGAGAAUAAAAUACCAUCACGAAUGUGAAGCUUCAGAGAGUGACAGAUCCUGACGCCCAAGACCGUUGUUCCAUCAUGAGUCGUCCGGUCUUUCUUCCUAAAAAAUUAAAAAAAUAAUAAUAAAAAGGAGGAAAAGGCGAUGAGAAUGAACAUUAUAAAUGCGAGGCUGGGGUCAGGGCAUCGUCACUGCCCCAUGAGAAAGGCUUGUUUUCUCCAGGUUUCCAGUGUCUUCCCCCGUGAAAAAUCCUCUCCUUCUGUCUGACAGCCUGUCGUCUAUAGAUGCCAUCAGAUGGACACUCCAACUCUCACUUUCUCCAAACGCACCUUUUAACCUUUCCCAAUCAAUGCCUCCACCCUCAGCUCCCUGCGCAAUUCAUCGGAAGACUCUGAUUUCUUGCCUUGAAUAACCAUCUUCUAAACAUCAAACUCGUCUCCUUCCCCAAGAUGGCCAGUGACUUCCAGGCUGCCAUCUUGCCUCCUGGCCCUGGCCCUCCGUCAGUCCCCGUGGCGCCCACUCUCAGCCCACCUCCUUCCCACGAUUUGCCCCCAGGAGAAAGCAUGCUGGCUGCACGGCUCAAGCCUGACACUGGUAUUGGCGCUGGAAUCAGCAUGCAGCAAGCUCACGGUGUCCCCGGUCCGGGCGCAUGCUGCCCCUGACAAAUGUAACCACCUCCCUGCCUAGAAUACACACACGCCCUCCAGUGCAUGCAGAACCGCCCACUGCCUUUCUCUGUGAUGAUGUAGCCAAAAAUAAAGUAGGAAUAUCCAGGAAA